UAGCCGGCUAGCGUCAGUUUCACUCACGCCACGGGCCAGAGCACACGCUCGAUUAAAAACUAAAAUAAAAUAAAUCUAAAAAGAAUUUGACAUUCUGAAUUACAUUCAUUUACAAUAAAAUUUUUUGUUUGUGAAAUAAAAAAAAAAGUACACACAAAAUGAGCGGAAAAGCUGAUAUUGCUCUGAUUGGCCUGGCCGUAAUGGGCCAGAAUCUCAUACUGAACAUGGACGAGAAGGGAUUUGUGGUGUGCGCCUACAACCGUACUGUGGCCAAGGUCAAAGAGUUCCUCGCGAACGAGGCCAAAGGCACAAAUGUGAUUGGCGCCGAAUCGCUGCAGGAUAUGGUCUCUAAGCUUAAAACGCCACGCAAAGUCAUGUUGCUGGUCAAGGCUGGAAGCGCCGUGGAUGACUUCAUUAAGCAGUUGGUGCCCCUGCUCUCGCCCGGCGAUGUGAUUAUUGAUGGUGGAAACUCCGAAUACCAGGACACCUCCCGCCGGUGCGAGGAAUUGGAGAAACUGGGCCUCCUCUAUGUCGGCUCGGGUGUCAGUGGAGGAGAGGAGGGCGCCCGCCAUGGCCCCUCCCUGAUGCCCGGUGGCCAUGAAGCCGCCUGGCCCCUCAUCAAGCCCAUCUUCCAGGCCAUCUGCGCCAAGGCCGACGGUGAGCCCUGCUGCGAGUGGGUGGGCGAUGGCGGUGCCGGUCACUUCGUCAAGAUGGUGCACAACGGGAUCGAGUACGGUGACAUGCAGCUGAUCUGCGAGGCCUACCACAUCAUGACUGCUCUGGGUCUCUCCGCCGACCAAAUGGCCGAGGAGUUUGGCAAAUGGAACUCCGCCGAACUGGAUUCCUUCCUGAUCGAGAUCACCAGGGAUAUUCUGAAGUACAAGGACAACAAGGGCUAUCUGCUGGAGAGGAUUCGUGACACCGCCGGACAGAAGGGAACUGGCAAAUGGACAGCCAUUGCUGCCCUCCAGUACGGGGUGCCGGUGACGCUAAUCGGCGAGGCGGUGUUCUCCCGCUGCCUGUCGGCCCUGAAGGACGAACGUGUCCGGGCCAGUGCUGUUCUGAAGGGACCCACCGUCCAGCCCAAGGUGGCCAACGUGGCCAAGUUCCUCGACGACAUCAAGUACGCCCUGUACUGCGCCAAGAUCGUAUCCUAUGCCCAGGGCUUCAUGCUGAUGCGGGAGGCGGCCAGUGAGAACAAGUGGCGUCUGAACUACGGAGGCAUUGCACUGAUGUGGCGCGGUGGUUGCAUCAUUCGGAGCGUCUUCCUCGGCAACAUCAAGGAUGCGUACACGUCGCAGCCCCAGCUGUCCAACCUGCUGCUGGAUGACUUCUUCAAGAAGGCCAUCGCCCAGGGCCAGGAGUCGUGGCGCGAAGUGGUUGCUAAUGCCUUCCGUUGGGGUAUUCCUGUGCCGGCCCUGUCCACCGCAUUGAGCUUUUACGAUGGCUACCGUACCUCCAAGCUGCCCGCCAAUCUGCUCCAAGCCCAGCGCGACUACUUCGGCGCCCACACCUACGAGUUGCUCGACCAGGAGGGAAAAUUCCAUCACACCAAUUGGACGGGUACCGGCGGCAAUGUGUCGGCUAGUACCUAUCAGGCAUAGAGUCUAGAUGGGACGCUCCCACCUACCCUUGCACUAUCUCCUGCACUCACAUUCCAUGUCAUAAAGCUGGUGUCUGUUUUUUUUUUUUUUUCUCUUCUCUGAGUACUUUAGUACUUAUUUAUACCAUUAAUAUAUAUAGUAUAUAUAUGUAUGUACAUAUAAUUUCAUUUUGUUGUUAAACAUAAAAUUAAAUUGGUGUUUUUUUUUUGUUUUUGCUAGCAAA